UAACUAGAAAAGGAAAAACAUUCAACUAUACCUAUAAAAGGAAAAGAACAAAUUCUAAUAUAUCUGUAAAAGGUAAUCGAGUAAAUGCGUAUGAAUUUUUGCAACAUCCUGUAUAAAUACGUUGCAAUCAAACAGACAUCUUUCAAUUCAAAAACAAGAAACCACAAAGGAAAAAAGAAGAAGCAAGAAGUGAUGGAAAAGAAUUUCUUCGUCAUCCUCUUUGUUAUGGCAUUAUGUGUGUCAUUCUCCAGUAUUCCAAUGAUAGAAGCGCAAUAUACUCCAUGUUCUACUCAGAAAGAUUGCGAUAUAGUCAAAACCCUAUGUUCUGUUCCCCUCAAGUGUACUGAUCACAAAUGUCUAUGUUGUGAGGACCCAAGCCACUGUUAUUAAGACAUCAAUAAGAGAUCACAAAUGUCUAUGUUGUGAGGACCCAAGCCAUCGUUAAGACAUCAUGUAAUAAUCAUCAA